AGUGGUAGCCGGGGGGACAGCCAUACCUCGCUGUGGUUUAGUUCAACAGUUUAACAAGGUUUCGGUUAGUUAGUAGUUACUGCGAGGGGGCCUGGUUUGAGAUAAUCCUGGCCAGAAUUAAAUGAACAAAUUUGUGUUUUCUUUAUCUCGGCGAAAAUUGAAAGGUUUUUGUUUCUUGUUGGUGGUUCUUUGGAUUCCGUUUUUGUAUAAACAGCAAAGUACUGUGCUCGUCAAGCCUAAGAAACCCAAAGUAAAAGUAAUACUUUUGAACAACGAAGUCGAGACGGUCGAGCAACAACUAAAACUAAUACCUCAAGAAUAUCUCGAGGAAAACACAGUGUCAUCCCAGUACGAGUACAAAUAUUCGAUCGAACCAAGUUUCGAUGCUUCGUGUGGAAUUGCAGCAAAAUUGGAGAAAAGAUCUGAUCCCGGUGAAGAUGAAGCUCUUCCUCUUCUUAAUCCAGUGAAGGCUAAUCGUCGUCGUUUAGUUCGAUUCCUGAUGGUGUUCCUUGUACACAGCGGUGCUCCACAUUUCGAGCACAGACAAGUUAUUAGAGAAACGUGGGGGUCGUCCGGGAAACGACUUUCAAAGCUUGUUUUUCUGCUUGGAAAAUCAGACAACACGACAGUUCAGUCUCAAGUACUAGAAGAAAACAAUGUUCAUGGAGAUAUUUUGCAAGCAGAUUUCCACGAAACAUACAGAAAUAUCACACUGAAAGCGAUCAUGGGGUUAAAAUGGGUCGUCAAAUAUUGUCCAAGGGCCGCUUACGUCACCAAAGUUGAUGACGACAUGUUCGUUGCAGCGAAGAGGAUUCUCUCUGGCGCUGUAAGCGGAGGUAUCGCUCGUAGACGGCUUCUGUUUUGCAAACCGAACGAACAUUAUCCAGUAAUGCGAGACGGGAAAUACGAAGUCCCCACAUCGAUGUACAACGCUACCAGGUGGCCGACUUUCUGCUUUGGGGGUUGCUGGGUCGCCUCAAUGGACGUUGUAAAGAAGCUCUACCACGAGGCGAUGGUAACCAAGCAGAUUUACCUGGACGAUGUUUUCAUAACUGGAAUCCUGCGUCUGAAAAUCGGAUUAAAGCUACAGAGAGUAACAUUUUCGAGCUAUUUAUUCUGUCACGGUCGUGGAGAUCCAGAGAAAGUUCGAGAAAUCUGGAGCCGAAAAGGCCAGGCUUCCACAUUAAAUGAGAAACUACUGAAAUGUUACAGCUAAAGUUCCCUGUUUGUCGUGUAAUUGCUUUUAUAUUUAUGCAUUUUUAUUCUGUCUAUGAACAUGUUUGUAUACGGAUUCUUGUAUUUUCUAUAGUUUUUGUGCAAUAAAUACACUUAAAAGACUUUA